AGUGAACAGUCUUAACAUCAACAACUCUGUCUUGGAGCAAGAAUCUUUUAUUCCAAAACUGUCUCAAAAAAUCUAUACUGUAAGGCAUAGCGAAUCUCUUUGUUGGUUAAAUAAAAGUGAAUCGUAAAUAGAACUGGACAUUUUAUCCGCAAAACAAUGGAUUCAACAAGAUGUGAAAUUGAAAAGCACGGAGUCAAGCAGAAUCCUGACAGUGAAUUCAACCUCAAUAACUACCUAUCGAUUCCACAAUUCUACACAGGUCAGAGUGUUUUCAUUACAGGUGGUACGGGCUUUUUAGGAAAGGUUCUCAUUGAAAAACUUCUAAGAUCAUGUCCCGGAAUUGGGAAUAUUUACUUAUUGAUAAGGCCUAAACGUGGACAAGAAGUUAAGGACAGAUUUAGUGAUCUACUGGGAGCACCUAUUUUUGACAAACGGCGACAAGAGCAUCCUAACAGUCUCAACAAAUUAAUACCGAUUUACGGAGAUAUUUCAUUAGAAGUGCUUGGAUUAUCCAAAGAUGAUCAAGCUCUACUUUGCCGAAAUGUAUCGGUUGUCUUUCAUUUAGCAGCUACGGUUAAAUUCGAUGAGAAACUCAAGCUUUCCGUUACGAUAAAUACGUUGGGAACUAAAAGACUAAUAGAACUAUGCCACAAGAUGAUUUUCCUCAAAGCUUUAGUGCAUGUUUCAACGGCUUUUUGCAACUCUGAUCGUUCAGAAGUGUCCGAAGUCAUCUACCCACCACCCUAUGAUGCCAAUGACAUCAUUUCCCUUGUAAAGUGGCUACCGGAAGAUCUUUUGGAUAAUCUAACUCCAUCCCUAAUUGGGAAACGACCCAAUACGUACACAUUCACUAAAGCCCUAGCUGAACAUGUGCUCUCAAAUGAAGCCACAGAUCUGCCAGUGGCUAUUGUAAGGCCUUCUAUCACUCUUUCUAGUCUCAAUGAACCUGUCCCAGGAUGGUUGGACAAUUACUAUGGUCCAACAGGUACUACAGUCCUUCAAGGAAUGGGUUUAGUGAGGGUUAUAUUGAUAGAUAAAUCCAAAAGAGUUGAUUUUAUUCCCGUCGAUAUUGUUGCUAAUUUAAUGAUUGUUAGCGCAUGGAGACAAGCCACAAUGACUGACAAGAGUCUGGUUGUAUACAAUUGCGUAAGUGGAGAGAAUCCUUUAGAUUGGGGUCUUUAUGUCUCACUGUCUACAAAGUAUCUACGGAAAUAUCCUCUGGAAAAUGCACUUUAUUACCCUUAUGGAUUUCCUUUACACACACAACCAUAUUAUGGUAUCUUCAUACGUCUUUUGCACACAAUACCAUCGCAAUUAUUAGAUUUUGUUUCUUGGAUGACAAAAGGGAAGCCAAAGUUUGGAAAGUUAUUAACAAAAUAUCACGAUGGAAUGGAAAAAUUGCGUUACUUUUCUACAAGGCAGUGGGAAUUUAAAAAUGAUAACGUUAAAAAACUUUUUAAUUAUUUGAGUUCUGAAGAUCAAAAACUUUUCAAUAUUGAUGUGAGCCGAAUGUCGUGGGAGGAUUAUCUUGAAAACUACGUAUUAGGUUUUCGUACCUAUUUACUAAAGCAGAGUACUGAUAGUUUACCCAAAAGUCGGCAAAGACUUCAAAUGUUGUUUUGGAUCAACUUUGUUGUUCUUUUUGUAAUUGCCAGUGGACUACCGUGGAUUUACUUUUGCUAUAAUAAAUCCCUUCCUACCUUACAGAGGAAAUUUUUGAAGACACGAAUGCAAAAAUCAAUAAUCUUCAGGAGUUUUAAUUAAAAUUGGACUCUUUGAACUCUUUGAAAUGAUCACAAACUUCACAAAUAUUUUAUAUAAAAUAAUAUUUUUUAAAUAAGUUUUAUACUUCUGUCAUUAAUAAGAUCUUGGUGUUAGGUAAAAAUACUAAUAAAGGAGUUUAUGUUUUUUCUAUGGGAAAACUCUUCGUUUGUGUAAAAAGUCGGAAUAAUGCGUUACUUGUAGAAGAUCUAAAAAAAUGAGAAACCACCAAAGAAAUCUUUUCAUUUCCCAUUUUAAUAAGAUAUAAAACAUCUCUGAAAAUUCUCUAAUUUACAUGAAAAUACAAACAAUGACGUCACAAUACUGCUUUAUGUCUCUUUCAAUGAAUUAAACUUCAUUCUUGUCUUUGAUUUGUGAAAAGUAUCAGGUUUUGAAGAAUUAAAAUACAUGGGUGACGUCAUUGUUCACAUUUUUAGGCAAAUCUGCAUAGUUUUCUCAGUUAAUUCAAGUGGAAAUUGUAAACUUUCUUGACUAUUUAUUACUCACGUAUCCUGAAGAAUAUAAUGAUUUCUCCUUUUUUUUUCGUUGUGAUUCUUUUUAUUUUCCAACAAGAUUAAGCAUAUCCCGACUGUUUCCUUAAACAAGAUAAGAAGAAGUUUUCCCAUACAGAAAAAUAAACUCCUUUCGAGAUAAAAUUCUUUUAAAUAAAUAUUUUUACAAUCAAUCAAAUUUAGGUAAUAUUUGUCUGCAACGAAUUCAGAGCUCAAUCCCAAUACCAACUAUAAAUUUUGGAAGGUAUAUAGAUACACAAAAUCUGUUUAUGGAAGAUAACUAAAAUCAUAAACCUAACACGAUAAGUAGCCCCAUGCGCGAUGGUAGACUAAAUAAACUCCUUUUUAUGUUUAUGAAGGAUCACAUCGACGCGUAUUUAUAUAUUUAGAUAGUGUUUUAUGCUUUUAUCCGGGGUGGGUAGGGUGGUGUGAUUUCCAUCGAGCUGCAUUUUCUCACCCUGAGAACCUUGCCACUGUGCGUGGAGGAGUUUUGCGCAAGAAUCAGCCUGAUGGAUGGUAUCUCCUGUCCAAUUACUUACAAAUUAUUCUACCGGAUAGUUGGGUAUGGCUCAAUUUGUCGCAUCAUCAAUCAAGCGAAACAUGAAUUAUGCAGCAUUGAUUUUUUUUCACCUCUAUGGGAAUUAUCAGAAAAAAUAUUACCACGAAUCUUUGCUUUCUUUGUGGAGAAAGUAAGAUUUAGCACAUCUCUUGUGAUUUCAUGGGAAUUCCUGCAUUUGACCCACUUCACGCAUAACUCAGAUUCUCCUUGGACCAGGCCAAGAGCAUAUAGACACAGUCACAACAUCUUGUGUACAUACAUAAAUGAAGGGAAAGGAUGUCCACAUGGGACGUUGAAUUUAUUAAUGAAAGAUUGAGAAAAUAUUUUCUGUCUCAUAUGGGUGAGAGGGGACUUUUAGAGGACGGCAAAUAUAUAGCAAAGUAUUAUGUACAAUAUGGGGUGAAUGUUGUUUUUGGCUUAUCAGUCAUACACAAAUAUAAAAGCAAACUUUCCCCAUCCUCCCCCAUUUGCAAGUGUUGUGUGUGGCGGAGCUCGUGGAAAAAUCAAUAAAGCAUUGUACUC